AUGGCGGACUUUUUAAUCAGCGGACAGACCGGUUAUGUCCCGGACGACGGUUUCACGGGGCAGCAACUGUUCAACGGUGGAGACGGGCUCACGUACAAUGAUUUUCUGAUUCUGCCCGGUUACAUCGACUUCACAGCAGACCAAGUGGAUUUGACAUCAGCUCUCACCAAACAAAUAACCAUGAAGACACCGUUUGUCUCUUCUCCCAUGGACACGGUCACAGAAGCCAACAUGGCCAUUGCCAUGGCACUCACAGGUGGAAUCGGCUUCAUUCACCAUAACUGCACUCCAGAGUUCCAGGCUAAUGAAGUGCGGAAAGUCAAGCGUUAUGAGCAGGGCUUCAUCACAGACCCUGUGGUGAUGAGUCCAAACGAGCGAGUACGGGACGUCUUCCAGGCCAAAGCUCGCCACGGUUUUUGUGGCAUUCCCAUCACUGACAAUGGAAAAAUGGGGGGCAAGCUGGUGGGCAUCAUUUCCUCCAGAGACAUAGACUUUCUGAAGGAGGAGGAUCACAGUCUACCACUAAGUGAGGUCAUGACAAAGAGAGAGGACCUAGUUGUUGCCCCAGCUGGAGUAACAUUGAAGGAAGCCAAUGAAAUCCUCCAAAGAAGUAAAAAAGGUAAACUGCCCAUCGUGAAUGAAGAGGGUUCCCUGGUAUCCAUCAUUGCCCGCACAGACCUAAAAAAGAACAGAGAUUUUCCUCUGGCCUCCAAAGAUUCCCGUAAACAACUGCUGUGUGGCGCUGCCAUCGGCACUCACAAUGAUGACAAGUACAGAUUAGACCUGCUGGUGCAGAGCGGGGUGGAUGUGGUGGUGUUGGACUCCUCUCAGGGCAAUUCCAUCUUUCAGAUCAACAUGAUCAAAUAUAUAAAAGAAAAAUAUCCCCACCUACAGGUCAUAGGAGGCAAUGUGGUCACGGCAGCUCAGGCCAAAAACCUCAUUGAUGCCGGAGCAGACGCUCUGAGGGUGGGCAUGGGCAGCGGCUCCAUCUGCAUCACACAGGAAGUACUUGCAUGUGGCAGACCCCAGGCCACAGCUGUGUACAAGGUCUCAGAGUACGCCCGCCGUUUCGGUGUCCCAGUCAUCGCCGACGGUGGCAUUCAGAAUGUUGGACACAUCGCCAAAGCUCUGGCACUGGGGGCAUCCACAGUAAUGAUGGGUUCAUUGCUCGCCGCCACCUCUGAAGCUCCAGGUGAAUAUUUCUUCUCUGACGGCAUCAGGCUGAAGAAAUACCGAGGCAUGGGUUCGUUGGAUGCCAUGGACAAAAACCUGGGCUCCCAGACCAGAUACUUCAGUGAGAGUGACAAGAUCAAAGUGGCUCAGGGUGUUUCUGGGGCAGUGCAGGACAAAGGCUCCAUCCACAAGUUUGUUCCUUACCUGCUGGCUGGUAUUCAACACUCCUGUCAGGACAUCGGUGCCAAGAGCCUCACACAGCUCCGAGCCAUGAUGUACUCCGGAGAUCUGAAAUUUGAGAAGAGAACGUCUUCAGCCCAGAUGGAGGGUGGAGUCCACGGCCUUCACAGCUAUGAGAAACGUCUGUUUUGAUGUCGGUCGGCCUGAGGAUGAAGAGUCUCUUCCUAAAGUCACGUUAUGCAAACACAGACAAGUAGCGUUCAUAGCGUACUAACACGCUAGUUGUGAGACCUUCUCGUCUUCUUUGUCCUCACUCUUAGCAAACUUCUCACAAAUUAGUCUCAUACACUCCGUGAUUCUCCAGACCAUCAGUCCGUCCCAUGCAUCACUUGCGUCUGUAAAGGAACUAAGGGAACUAUCUGUGGGUGUGUGUGACUGAGUCCUCAGCUGGCUUUCAUCAUGUCUCAGUGAACUGGUUCUCACAUUUUUAGGAAAUCUGGUGUCCAGUAAUAAAGCUGAUGUUUUUUCACAAGCA